AAUAAGUUUAAAAGUCCUAUUUGUAAUUAUGACUAAUCGCAAGCCGCGUAAUUCGUGAACAUGUUUUUAUCAAUUAUACUUGAAAACGUUUACCAUACACUUGUGUUUGAACGAUUAUAAGGAACAAGAGGAUUCAAGAUGUCAGUGAGGAAGUUUCCGGAAGGAUUCAAGUUUGGAGUAGCAACGGCCGCUUAUCAGAUAGAAGGAGCUUGGAAUGAAGAUGAUAAGACUAAAAACAUAUGGGACACAACAUGCCGUACUCCUGGUGCCAUCUUGGACAACACAACCGGCGAUGACGUCUGCAAAUCCUACGACUUCUACAAACGUGACAUUCAAAUGGUCAAGUUCUUGGGCGUGGACUUCUACAGGUUCUCCAUUAACUGGACAAGACUAUUCCCUAACGGGUUCAUAAAUAAAACGAGCGAAUCUGGGUUAAAGUACUACAAUAAUCUAAUUAAUGAACUGAUCGAAAGUAAGAUUGAACCAGUGAUCACUAUAUACCAUUGGGACUUACCUCAGAGUCUACAAGACUUAGGCGGUUGGGCAAACCCUUUGAUAGUUGACUGGUUUGGAGAUUAUGCCCGAGCUCUGUACAAGAUGUUUGGUGAUAGAGUGAAGACCUGGAUAACGAUCAAUGAACCGAAGCAGAUUGGUGUGUUUGGCUAUGGCAUGCUGUAUCUGGCGCCAAGACUUAACGCCCAUGGCAUUGGUGAAUAUUUAGCAGCAAAGAAUGUCGUGUUAGCUCAUGCAAGAGCCUGGCACAUUUAUAAUGAUGAAUUUAGAAAAAUACAGAACGGCAUUUGCGGUAUAGUGCUUGCAUGUGAGUUUGUGGAAGGAGCUACAGACUCCCCAGAAGAUAUAGAAGCAGGGCUGGAUGCGAUGGACUUCUCUGUGGGUCUCUAUAGCCACCCGAUCUUCUCAUCGCAGGGCGGGUUUCCCGAAAGCGUGAAAAGGCGUGUUGCAGCAAGGAGUGCUGAGCAAGGCUAUCCUAGAAGCAGACUUCCAGAAUUUACACCAGAAGAAAUAGAGUAUUGCAAAGGCACAAGUGAUUUCUACGGAUUUAAUCAUUACUCCACAAGCUUCGUUACAAGAGAAAACUUUAAGACAGGACGUUUCCCGGUUCCUUCCUUCGAUGACGACCUUGGAGCUGUGGAGAUAGUUAAAGACUACGAUAGAGGAGCCCUGGAUUAUUCUUUUAUAAUUCCAGAAGGAAUCAGAAAGUGCUUAAACUGGGUAAAGAAAACCUGUGGUAAUCCAAAAAUUAUGAUAAUGGAGAACGGAUUCAACACAUUUGGUGGUAUAAAGGAUUUGGACAGAAUAUCGUACUACCAGAGAUAUAUUGAUGCCGUUCUAGACGCAAUAGAAAUUGACGGUUGUAACGUUGUGGCUUAUACUGCUUGGAGUUUGAUGGAUAAUUUUGAAUGGAAUUAUGGAAUCAGCAUAAAAUUCGGCUUGUUUGAAGUUGACUACGAAGAUGAAAAUCGCAAACGCACUGCAAGAUGGUCAGUGCUGUGGUACAAACAUCUCAUCGAGACCAGAGCAUUACAGCAUCACUAUCUACCAGAAUUUAGAGAAAUCUGUUUUUAAACGAUUUUUGAAUCUUUUGUUUAGCAAAGACAAUCUAUUUUUCUGUAAUUAAUAUUUAUGUGUACAAGGAAAUUGUGUUAGAAAAAUAAAAAUGGCGCCAAAGAAUUACAUGAAA